CCACAAUGGCCAACACCGUUAACGUUACAGGAAUCUCUGCCUCUACAACCGAGGCCCAAUUGAACGAUUUCUUCACAUUCUGUGGACAAAUUAGCUCUAUUGACUAUGAGGAAAAGUCUGGCAAAGCAACCAUCGCGUUCGAGAAGGCCACUGCCGCCAAGACCGCGUUGAUGCUAAACGGCGGAACUCUCGAUGGCGCCACCUUGACCGUCACUUCGGAUGUGGUCCACCAAGAUGACUCUGAUCCCCUUCCGCAGGGGCACGAUACGGAGCAUGUCAAGCAGGAAGACAAACCUCGUGCAGGAAUCGCGGCCGAGUACCUUGCCAAAGGUUAUCAGCUUUCUGAUAACAUCCUCGCUCGGGCAAUUGAGCUGGAUCAACAGAAAGGUAUCUCGAAGAAGUUCCUAGAUUACGUUCAGCAUCUAGACAAGACUAUCGGCGAAAGGGCCCUAGGUCCCGAUCAGACCGUCUCCGGGAAGGCGCAGCAGACGGUCGAAUCUGCUCACCAGCAGGCUGAACAGAAGGGAUAUGUAAAGGCGUUCCGCGAUUAUUACACCAGGGCGCUCGCCACACCCAUCGGUCAGAAAGUCCGCGAGUUCUACACCACGACUUCGAAACAGAUUCAUGAUAUCCAAGAAGAAGCCCGCCGUAUCGCUACCGAGGAGAAGGCCAAGCAAGGGGGUUCGGGGGCGACACCUGUCCCUCCCGUUUCGACGUAAUGCGAUCGGUCCUUCACUAGGGUCGAGUCAACUCGCCAAUACAUCAGGACGGGGUGACUGGGACGGCAAAGGUCCACUAGACUUUCGAGAAUAGGAUCCGGUUGGGACAGUUGGGGUUGCACGUCCCGUCUGAUUUCUUCGUGUUCUUUUUUUUGCUGGCAUCGUACUCUUCUGUAACGGCUCGGAAGCUCACGGACUUCUAAAUCUGUUCGAAUACUGAAUGUAAUUGUUUCUCUUUCAA